AUGGAUUUCAUCCCAAACCUAUCCCCAUGGACGUGGUUCCUUCUGGCUGCAUUCUGGGUUCUUCUAUUAGUGUGAGUAUGCAAUAUGCAGGCAAUACAACAAAACUUGUCCCCUCCCUACUCGGUGCAUACACCUGUAAUAUGGUGUAACAGGGGUGGGAUGCUUCUCUUUGCCCUUGGUAGAAGUUUUAGGACAAGUUCUUUUUAAAUGAAAGGUGCAACGGUGAGAUGUCUAUUCAGUCGUCUAAUGUUCCCUGGUGUCAUAUUGCAUACGUAUUUCAAGUAUUGCUGGACCUAACAAACUGUAAGGAUCUCCUGCACUCACCUAGCUUACCAAAUACUUAAUUACUUCUCACAUGAUCUCAGUCAGCAUUGGUCUGGCUGAGAAUUAUGAGAGUUGUAAUACAAAAACUUGGUAGCUACCUGUAUGUUGUCUAGUAUGUAAAACUGAAAGGUCACGAAAAUGUGUAUUUCCCUGCAAUUUUCAUGGCUUCAUGAAUUUUUAACAUGUGCUUUUUAUAUGUGGUGGUGCUAGGCUACCUUUACCUUAUAAGCCCAGUCAUUCAUUGUAUCCCAUGUAUAAAGGAGAGGUUUGUGUGAGAUGCUUUCUUGUUAUACACAAAGGUUAAUGCUUCUUUACAAACCUAAAGGGUGCUAAUUUUGAAAGAAAUGUCAACUCUUUGAAUGUGAGUGCUGAGUUAACUUUGUGUAUUUUCCUAUACUAAAUGGUAACUACCUCCUCAGAUAUGGACUGUAUCCUUAUCGAUUCUUUAAGAAGUUUGGGAUUCCAGGACCCACACCAUUACCGUUUAUAGGAACAUUUCUGGGAUAUAGAAAAGUGAGUCCUUGUUUCUUUGCAAGUGUGUGUACUAAAUGCUCUGUUUGAUAAGGGUACAAUCAAAGUAUAUUUACGGUUAUAAAUACAUUAAAUAAUUUAAUCAAUGUGUACUUAAGUAGUUAGUGCUUAUGACCGAUGGAAGUGUUUUUCUUAAAACCUAAAUGAUUUAAUAUUUUUGAAUAAACUUUUAAUGUUUUUUUUCCCCCAAAAAAUAUAUUCUAUAAAAAAAUAAAUCAGAACAUUACAAUAUAUUUCAUAAUACUAAAUCAUUUAAAAAGUUUAUCCAAAAAUUUGAAGUCAUUUGGAAAGCUUAUCCAACAAUAUUACAUCAAGGCCUUAGUUACAAUUUUAUGACCGCAUACCUUUCAAUAACUCUCAUCCCUGCUUACACCUGAACGUGACAAAGUUACAUCAGACAGCAUAGGCAUAUUAUCUACAUAGCAUGGCUAUCAUAGUAACCUGUGAAAUCAUGUGAUACAAGUCUCAUGUAGUGGAGGUAUUAGGCAAUAAUAAUUAUUAUAGGUUUUGGGCACAGCUUCCAAAACCUAUAAUAUUUAGAUUUUUUUUUUCAUUAUAUAUAAACAAUAUGGGCAUGGUUGCAGGACUUAAAUUUUUUUUUUUUUAAACUUCUUUGAUUCACUAUUGUGAAUAAACACAUAUCCUAUUUUUUAUAGGAUUAACAUAUUCUCCAUUUAAUUACUUCCUCUCAAAUGCUCUCAAACAUGUGGGAAGAAAGUAGAAACUCCAGAUAACUUUUUGGAUACUUUAUACAAGUUUUUGAGUACACUAUACUCAGGGGAAUUCAGACAGUAAGUUUCAUAGUUUAGAAAGAUCUCCACAAUUACUCAAUGACGUUAUGAUGUGUCUUGUUUUUACAUGCGGAAUAAUAGCGUGUCUUAUGAGAUUGUUUUUCUGUUCGCAGGGGGUGCUGCAGUUUGACAUGGAAUGCUUUAAGAAAUAUGGAAAGUUAUGGGGGUAUGUGGCAGUGAUUCUUGGAUAUAUGGCCUAGUGUUUUGAUAAAAACAAGAAAAUGAAGCAUAAAUUAUCAUGGACACUGUGAUUCCAAUAGGUUACAUCAGGGCUUGACAAAUUUGAUUUGAUUCUAGGAGCCAGCUAAAAAAAGUUAGGAGCCAGAUUUUUUUUUUACUUACAUAGCUUUAUAUUCAAUGACAAAAAUAAAUUUUUCAAAGGGACAUGAUAGUCACCAGGACCACUACAGCUUAAUAUAGUGGUUCUGGUGUCUAUAGCCUGUCCCUGCAGGUCUUUCAGUGUAAACACUGACUUUUCAUGGCGCCUGGGAUUUGUCGAGCCCUGAGUUAUGUGACUUGCUUAGGUUGGUGAAAAGGGUUAUGUGACUUGCUUCAGUCGGUGAAAGGGUUAAAAUCACAUUUUGUUUCCACUAUACCGGGAAUAAUGAUUACAAAAAAUCCCACUUAACACUACCCACACCUAUAAAAGCUGUCACCACCAAGGCAAUUUAUAAACAGAGUGCCCCAACCAAAUAAGAUUAAAAACUUACAAAACACAGUAUAGAAGAUAUGCCUAUAAAGUCACAGUAUUACUCUAUAAGGCUAAUUUGCCUCCAGCGGUGAUGUCCACUACCCCCUAGACCAGGCAUAGGCAACCUUCGGCACUCCAGAUGUUUUGGACUACCCCUUCCAUGAUGCUUUGCCAUUAUUAUGGGUGUAAGAGCAUUAUGGGGAAUAUAGUCCAUAACAUCUGGAGUGCCGAGGGUUGCCUAUCCCUGCCCUAGACAAUCCGGCUUUUAAAUUGUCACUUUCAGUAAGUGCGGAGUGCUGCCGGACAUGGGUGUUGCUGAUUGGCCGACCCUCUCAGACCAUCAAUAACUCCCCAUUCACAAAACUGUCUUGGAAAGAAACAUGUACACUAUAUAUUGUGAGUGUUUCCUCUUUAACUCUGACAGCAUAUCUGAUAAGGUUCUGGUGGUAGUAAUACAUAUUACAAUUCCUCUAUGUUGUUUGGUUUACAAACAGUAAAAUAAAGUAUGCCUUAACCCCUUAAGGACCGCGGACGGUUCAGGACCGUCAUCAGAAUUUUUACAUUGCCGACCGCUGAUGGUCCUGAACCGUCCUAACGGUCUUAGUUACUUACCGGAUCGCCGUUGUUAAUUAGGAAAAAAAAAAAUUAAAAAAAAUAAAUAAAUAUAUAUAUAUAUAUAUAUAUAUAUAUAUAUAUAAAUAGCGAAGGCUUGCACUCCUGGUGUAAUCCUGUGGUGCCCGGACACAAAGAAAUAUAUACCCCCAAUCCCUCAAAAUAAUUUACCUUAAUUGUGUACUCACCUAGCCAUGAGACAGCUUGCCCUGCAUUAGAGAGUAAUGUAACUCUGAGUGUGGUGGCCAUGUGUGCAAGGCCCAGAAAAGGGGCGGGGCUACAGGUUACUAAGUAACAAUCCAAUUGGACUGGUUGCUUUCCACUUUGUUACUAAGGUUACUAAGUAACAAUCCAAUUGGACUGGUUGCUUUCCACUAUAUCUAAACCUAAACAAUUUACUGUUGACCGAACAUCUGGGGAAUCAACCUCUGACUCAGAACCAUCACACUCUAACCAGUCCAACAAAUCCUCUACACAAGAUUUUUUAGAGCAGGAUCAAGGACCACCUUCCAGGGUCCAUACAAGGAAUUUAACAAGACAAAGAGAAGGUAUGUUACCAGAAGGGGCCAGAAAGGCCGAUCAUACCACAAGGGGAAAACCACCACGACCACCGAGGUAAUCCCAAUCUUCAACCUAUCAAAUAGAAUAUUAACACCCAAUGAAACCGAACUACUCAAAAAAGGACUUUCUUUUGUGCCAACCAAUCUCCCAAACCACCUUCAGAGUGACGUAGAAUUAUACAAAUUCGGAAGAACCAUACGCCUGAAGGAAUUCUUCAAAAACACCUCCUCCCCAACUACCAGUGAAAUGGGUCACUUUAGAGCCAAAAGCACCUUUGACCCUCCAACACAGCAGUUAUCAAUAAGGACAUUUCUGCGUAAUAUGCAGCGAGACAUGGAUAUAAUCUUGCAAACCAAACAACGUCAUUUCAGCAACAUAACGAAGCAAGACCUUGAACUUAUCCGCUCACUAGCAAACGAUGUGAACUUGGUCAUUAGACCGGCGGACAAAGGUGGAGGCAUAGUACUUCUUAACUACUGUGACUAUCGAGUGGAACUUCUAUCCCAGCUUCAAGAUACAGACACCUACACCAAACUUAAGGGCGACCCUACAGCAUGUAUCACACAACAAAUCUCAGCGAUUGUACAAAGAGGAGUGGAAGCUAACUUUGUGACAACAGAGUUACAGAAAUUCUUGAUCCAGUCCACACCUAAGACUCCGAUUAUUUACACCUUACCCAAGGUACACAAGAGCAUUGAUCAUCCACCAGGCAGACCCAUAGUGUCAGCCAUAGGGGGAGUACUGGAACCAUUGGCUCAGUGGCUGGACUAUUUAUUUAAAGAUACAGUUGUCAAGCUUCCCACCUGCAUUAAAGAUACCCCAGACCUAUUGAAACUUCUGGACACCAUCAAUUUACCCAACACUACUACACUGCUGGUAACGUGUGAUGUGAAAAGUCUCUACACAAUCAUUCCUCAUUUGGAUGGUAUAGAAGCAAUGCGCAAAGUGUUACAAGACUCAACAACAUACACAGGCCCCCCGAUUGAAUACGUCAUGGAAAUCCUGGAGGCAGUCCUUACACUUAACUACUUCAGAUUUGAAGAAACUUGGUACCAGCAAAUAGCGGGGACCUCCAUGGGAGCAGCUAUGGCACCCAUGUAUGCCAACAGCUUUAUGUUUAUAUUUGAGACCCUCCACAUUCUACAACCGUAUGAAGCAAAUAUUUUAUUCUAUAGGCGCUUCAUUGAUGACGUGUUCCUUAUAUGGAAGGGAGAUCACCAGUCCAUUUUGGAGAUGAUAGAGGCCAUCAACAGGGCACCCACACCGGUCAAAUUAACGAUGACAGUGAGCCAGGAUGCAGUGAAUUUUUUGGAUGUCCAUAUCUUUAAAAAAGAGAUGAAGCUUGGGUAUACUUUAUUCACCAAGACAACGGAUCGUAACACCCUACUCCAGGCUGACAGCUUUCACCCACGACACUUGAAAGAAUCCUUACCACUCUCCCAGUUCCUAAGGGUUAAAAGGAAUAACUCAGAUCCCAUGAGAGCAUGCUUACAAACUAAAGAAACAUGGAAUAGGUUUAAACAGAGAGGCUACAAGGAUGCUACUCUUCAGAAAGCACUUGAUAAGAGCCAACAGCCUAUGAGAGAGAAAAAAGAUGAUACACCACGACUAGUCUUUCCGACCACCUACAAUACGGCAUCCCACAGCCUCAAGAACACCUUGCACUCCAACUGGCGUUUACUAUCAGAAGAUCCAACACUACCAAAAAUCUUUCAGAAUCCACCCAUGUUGUGCUAUAAACGGGGAAAAAAUCUACGUGACCUCCUGGUAAAGACGGACCCAGUACACUGCUACACCAAACAACAAACAGCACAGAGCCUUGGUUGCUAUCGCUGUCUGGGCUGUGUCACCUGCAGCCACAUGAUACCUGGAAAAUUCUUCCAGCAUCCACACACUGGGCGGAAGUACCAAAUUAGGCAUAGGUUGACCUGCACUUCGGAUUUUGUCAUCUAUAAACUCCAGUGUCCGUGUGGCCUCUCCUAUGUGGGCAAAACUGACCUCCCACUGAGGGAACGGAUCCGCAACCACAGAUCCAACAUUCGCAUUGCCUAUAGGGACAAUAAGGCUGAACUCCCUGUAGCAAAACACUUUUUGGCCCAUGGCCACACGUUACCCACCCUGAAAUUUAUGGCUAUAGACCAUAUACCCCCCCUCAGACGUGGGGGUGAUCGAAGUAAACUUCUUCUACAACGUGAAACGUUCUGGAUAAAAACUUUGGACACAGUAUAUCCCAGAGGCUUGAACGAGAAGUACACAUUAUCUAUGUUUCUAUAGUACAUUUUUUUGUUUCCCUGUAGGAGUUAAAUACACUGUUUAAUCUCAUCCAAUAAUCCUAAACAUAUUUGUUUAUACAGCAAUGUGUAUAAAUUGUCUUGUUGCUAUAAUUUGAUUUAUGCUCCCCCUGCAUACAUUGCAUAUCAUUCCAUUGCUUAUUCCAUGCAUGGUAAUUAGGCUAUUACACAUAGUUUGGCCACACAUACUAAUCAUAUAGGGGUUAAAUACCCUACUAGACCACCAUACUCCAAUGCUGUGUGCUAUGUACCUAAGAGAUAACACUACUCAUGUCACAUCUUGUAUAUAAUCAUAAAUAACUAUGCAGGGGACACUAUGCAAUUCAACACUGGUCAUUUUGUCUGUCCAUAUUAUUUAUUAAACUUUAGUACCCUAUGCAUAAUCAAUGUAUUAACCCCUUAAGGACGGAGCCAAAUGUACACGUUGUGAACAAAACAAAAUGUAAACAAAACCUGGCAUUUGCGCUACAUGUCUGUCCAACCGUAAUACACCUCUUUCAUAGUAAAUGCACCCACCCUUAUUAUAUAUCAUUUUAUUCAGGGGAAACAGGGCUUUCAUUUAAUAUCAAAUAUUUAGCUAUGAAACAUAAUUUAAUAUGAAAAAAAUGGGAGAAAAUACGAUUUUAUUGGAUUUUUUUAGUUCUACAUGACAAUUAAACGGUCAGUGUCAUAAUACUGUUUGCUUUUACUGCAAUAAAAUACACAUAUUUGUAUUCAGCAAAGUCUCACGUGUAAAACAGUACCCCCUAUGUACAGGUUUUAUGGCGUUUUGGGAAGUUACAGGGUCAAAUAUAGCACGUUACAUUUGAAAUUGAAAUUCGCCAGAUUGGUUACGUUGCCUUUGAGACUGUAUAGUAGCCAGGAAUGAAAUUUACACCCAUAAUGGCAUACCAUUUGCAAUAGUAGACAACCCAAGGUAUUGCAAAUGGGGUAUGUCCAGUCUUUUUUAGUAGCCAUUUGGUCACAAACACUGGCCAAAGUUAGCGUUAGUAUUUGUUUGUGUGAAAAAUGCAAAAAACGCCAAUUUUGGCCAGUGUUUGUGACUAAAGAACUAACUGGACAUAUUUUGCAAUACCUUGGGUUGUCUACUAUUGCAAAUGGUAUGCCAUCAAAGGGGUAAUUUUCAUUCUUAAGCUAACAUAGGGUCUCAAAGGCAGCGUAACCAAUCUGGCGAAUUUUAAUGUGAAAAAAAUGAAACGCAAGCCUUAUAUUUGACGCUGUAACUUUUGAAAACACCAUAAAACCUGUACAUGAGGGGUACUGUUGUACUCGGGAGACUUCACUGAACACAAAUAUUUGUGUUUCAAAACAGUAAAAAGUAUCAUAGCAAUAAUAUUGUCCGUUUAAUGCUGUUUGUGCGUGAAAAAUGCAAAAAACGUCACUUUUACUGGCGAUAUCAUCGUUGUAAUACAUUUUACUGUUUUGAAACACUAAUAUUUGUGUUCAGCGAAGUCUCCCGAGUAGAACAGUACCCCCCAUGUACAGGUUUUAUGGUGUCUCGGAAAGUUAUAGGGUUAAAUAUAGUGCUAGCAAAUUAAAUUCCCUUUACUUUCGGCAUGGGUUGUCAUGCAGGUCCUGCUAAUUGUAAUUAAUUAAGAUACCUAAUUAUGUAAAAAUAUUACAUAAAUAUAUAUGUAGAAUCAAUAUAUGUAUAUAUAUAUACGUAUGUGUAUAUAUAUGUAUAUAUCUAUAUAAUUUUUUAAAAAAUAUUUUUAUUUAUAUAUAGGUAUAUAUAUAGUGAUAUAUACGUAUAUAUUUAUGUGUAUAAAUAUAUAUAUUAUUUCGUUCUAUGUGUAUUUUGAUAUAUAUAUAUAUAUAUUAAUUUCACAAUACAGUUAGAACGAAAUAACACACAUCUAUAUAUUUUUUAAUUAUUUAUUUUUAAUUAUUUUUGUAAUUUUAUUUUUUAACGUAUUUACAUUUUAAUUUUUUUUAUAAUAUAUAUAUAAAUAUAUAUAUAACAAUAAUUAUAUAUAUAUUUAAUCAGUAUCAGUCUACGUGUAAUUUGAUAUUAAUAUAUAUAUAUAAUUAUAUAUAUAUUAAUAGUAAAAUACACCUAGACGGUGUACAUGUGUGUAUGUAUAUGUGUAUAUAUAUACUUUGAUCAUAUAUAUAUAAUAUAUAUAUAUGAUCUAAGUAUAUAUUAUUUAUUUUUUUACACUUUUUAUUUAUUUCAUUUUUAUUUUCAGCCAGCAGGGGGACCACCUGUCAUUACAGGCAGCCCCCCUGCUGGCAAUACAGAAGCCAGCUAUCCCCGGCCAUGUGAUUGUGGGGUCCUCGCUAGGACCCCACUCUCACACGGCCGGGGGGCUUCCUGGAGGACGGUCGUGCCGCGGGGGGCUCCCUGGGAGUCCCCCCCACCGCGAUCGCCGGCGUGGGACCGCCGGCGACCGGGUAAGUACAGAAAGACCGGAGGGCGUACUAUUACGCCCGGCGGCGUUUAGAGCCGCCUAUUAGAGGGUGUAAUAGUACGCCCUCCGGUCUUAAGGGGUUAACAUGGUAACACCUCCUGCAUUGAGCUGUUGUUUUUAUUUUUAUUUUUAAAAUCAUGUAUGUCUAUAUUAAAUGUGUUUUUUAGAUCCGAACCAUGAGAUAUGCCCACCCUAUUUGCUACAAGUUUAAGAAUAGACUUAUAGUUCAGCUCUUUCCUCAGUUACACAGGAACAGAUACAUCCUUUCAGUGCUGCAUUGGAUGAAUUGCUCCAGCACUCAAAGAGUGAAUUUCCAGUAUGAUAACAGAUUUUGGAUUCCUGAUGGCCCUUCCAGCCUGUUAUACUGUUUAAAUAUAUGAAGACAGUCAGAUUCAUUUUUGAAACAUUCUAGACUCUGUAUCCACUCCUACUUUACCCUGAGCUCAAUCAUGUUUGUAGCUACUAGGACACAAAGUGGAAAGCAACCAGUCCAAUUGGAUUGUUACUUAGUAACCUGUAGCCCCGCCCCUUUUCUGGGCCUUGCACGCAUGGCCACCACACUCAGAGUUACAUUACUCUCUAAUGCAGGGCAAGAUGUCUCAUGGCUAGGUGAGUACACAAUUAAGGUAAAUUAUUUUGAGGGAUUGGGGGUAUAUAUUUCUUUGUGUCUGCACUUGUAAGUUAUGUUUUGUCCUGAUGAUAGCUCCAUGUGGGAGCUGAAACGUUGACUUUUUAAAUGGAUUGAAUAAAAGCUAAAUUUUAUUUGAAAAUCUCUAUAAAGUCCUUGGAGUGCGGUCAUUUCUGCUAUGUCUAUAUAUAUAUAUAUAUAUAUAUAUAUAUACAUAUUAUAUCUAUAUAAUAUAUGUCUAUAUAUCAUAAAUAUAUAUAAUGUCAUACUAAGUGUAUUUUUAUAUUAAUAUGUACAUAUAUUAAUAUAAAAAUACACUUAUAACUAAAUUACACACGUGUGUGUGUGUGUGUGUAUAUAUAAUAUAUAUAAUAACUAUAUAUAUAUUGUAUAUAUAUUAUUAUAAAAUAUAAAUAAGUAAUUUAAAUUAAAAAAUGUAAAAAUAAUAAUAAAAAUAAUUUUUUUUUAUAUCUAUAUGAAAUUUUAUUCUAACUGUAUUUUGAUAUAAAUAUAUAUAUAUUUAUAUCAAAAUACACUUAGAAUGAAAUUGUAUAUAUAGCUGUGUAUAUAAAAAAAUUAAAAUACGAAAUAUACAUAUGUCCAUAUACAAAAUUACAUAAAUAAUUAUAUAAAUAUACACAUAGACUUCAAAUAUAUAAAUAUGCAGAUAUAUUUAAAUUCUACGUGCGUAUUUAUGUAAUAUUUUACCCUGUAACGUUCUACGACACCGUAAAACCUGUACAUGGGGGGUACUGUUUUACUCGGGAGACUUCGCUGAACACAAAUAUUAGUGAUUCAAAACAGUAAAACAUAUCACAGCGAUGAUAUUGUCAGUGAAAGUUACUUUUUUUGCAUUUUUCACACACAAACAUCACUUUUACUGAUGAUAUAAUUGUUGUGAUACGUUUUCCAGUUUUAAAACACUAAUAUUUGUGUUCAGCAAAGUCUCCUGAGUAUAACAGUACCCCCCAUGUACAGGUUUUAUAGCGUUUUUGAAAGUUACAGGGUCAAAUAUAUGGGUCAAAUAUUUUUACAUUGAAAAUGGCCAGGUUGGUUACGUUGCCUUUGAGAGCGUAUGGUAGCCCAGGAAUGAGAAUUACCCCCAUGAUGGCAUUCCAUUUGCAAAAGAAGACAACCCAAGGUAUGUCCAGUCUUUUUUAGUAACCACUUAGUCACAAACACUGGGCAAAAUUAGCGUUCAAUUUAGUUUUUUACUUUUUUCACACACAAACAAAUAUGAAUGCUAACUUUGGCCAGUGUUUUCAACGAAUUGGCUACUAAAAAAGACUGGACAUACCCCAUAUUGAAUACCCUGGGUUGUCUACUUGAAAAAAAAUAUGUACAUGUGGGGUGUUAUUCAGAGAUUUGACAGAUAAUAGUGUUACAAUGUCACUAUUGAUAAAUUUUUAAAAUAUAUGUUUUGAAACCGCAAUAUCCUACUUGUACCUAUAGUCCUAUAACUUGCAAAAAAAAGCAAAAAAGCACGUAAACACUGGGUAUUUUUAAACUCAGGACAAAAUUUUUAAUCUAUUUAGCAGUUUUUUUCAUUCGCUUUUGUAAAUGAGUAAAAGAUUUUUCAAGUAAAAGUCAAAAAACUUAAUUAAAUUACAUGAUAUUAUAUAAAUAAUGGUAUGUAAGGAAAGCCCCUUUUGUCCUCAAAAAAACAAUAUAUAAUUUGUAUGGGAACAGUAAAUGAGAGAGUGGAAAAUUACAGCUAAACACAAACACCACAAAAGUGUAAAAAGCUGCCUGGUCGCAAAUGUACAACAUCGCAAAAACAGUCCGGUCCUUAAGGGGUUAAUUACUAUUGCUAUACCAUUCCAGAUAUUUGCCCACAUAAACACAAUUUAAGCCAUUGCUUCACAGGUGCAGUUCACCUCAAAGGUCUCAGUUAAACACAGCCAAAUUAAACUUAACCAUGCUGUAAUCAAUCAAACCACGUUUAUUGGAUAAUCCUUCCGUGCAUACACUACGCACAUCACAUUAGUUAAUUUGUUGUGACAAUUAAACAAUGAAUGCACACAGAGUAACUGACUAUUUUUAUAGGGACAAUGAAUUGCACUCCAUGGGCAUAACAUAGGUGUACUCAGAUCUCUGUGGAAAAAGCCAGAACCCUCUAGUUGGGAAUACAGAAACCAGAUCCUGUCUACCCAAUGAUGAACAUAAAAUUACCUUUACAUAAAAUGCCUGGAUGCAAUUUUCUUUUUAGCCAUAAUAAACUAACAUGGCAGACUAGAGGUAGAACUGGGGGUGAGGUACAGUUGUUGUGAAUGUGAUUCCUGCAGUUGACAUUUGUCAGAGUCCUUUUUUAUUAGGGUGUCCAACCCAGUUUUAUAAGUGAACAUUUAUAGGUGAACAGCUGUGCAAAAUUUAGUGACAAUUAUUUUUUUUUUCUGAACCAACACACCUAAACCAUAUUAAUUUAUUUUUUAAAAUUGCCAACUAAAUAUUUUCUCAAAUACAAACUUGAUAAACAAGGGACAAAAUAUUUUUCUCUAUAUUUUCCAUUGAUAACUUUUUUUUUCAUGAUUUUAAUUUGAAUGAGCUAACCUACAAUGACGCAAUAAGCCAUGCAUUAUGGUGUGCUGUUGUGGGCACUUAUUGUUCUUAUUAUUUAUAUAUAGCGCCAACAAAUUCUAGAGCACUGUAAAUUAGAUGGACUAACAAAUAAUUGCAACAAGACAAGUUGAAUGCACAGGAACAGAAUGUGCAGAGGGCCCUGCUCAAAUGAACCUAUGACACAAGGUACACUAGAUCGUUUAAAUGAGCAAAAAUAAUUGUGCAAUAUGGAGUUUAUUCUGUAAAUAAGGGGAAAAAAAUAGCUUAUUUGGAAAUUUUACAACUGUUGUUUUGGUCUAACAUUCCCUAAAAUUCCCUUCCUAGUAAGGUAAAUAACUACCUGUGACUCCCACAAUACAUCUUAAAACACCAGAGGCAGCAGCUAGCCACCCGGCCUUAGGUAAUACAUUUAUUUUGGUACACUGUGUCUAUUGGUUCAUUGCUACUGUCAUUUUAACCCUGGAAUGUAAAACAUUGCAUUUUUAUUUUUUUUUUGAAAUCUGCCUCUGGAGACUCUUCCUGGCAAGACCUCCACUGAAUGUUGCAUCAUAACACAUUUACACACUACACCAUACUAGGUUGUUUUUAACCCCUUAAGGACCAAACUUCAUGUGUCCUUAAGGGGUUAAAGUGUCUUUGUUUACAUUAUUUUUUAGUUAUGAUGCAGUGUUAAAUUUAAUGAAACAUAUAUAUAUAUAUAUAUAUAUAUAUAAUAUACAGUUGAAUUGAAUUAAUAUAUGUAAAAUGCUAACUCCUUACAUUGUCUUACGUUAUCUGUUUCAGGCUUUAUGAUGGCAGACAGCCAGUACUUGCUAUUAUGGAUCCUGUUAUAAUUAAAGCUAUUUUAGUGAAAGAGUGUUACACUAACUUCACCAAUAGACGGGUGAGCUGACAAUCAUACUCACACAAUGGAACAUUGACUGUUAUUCAGAGGUUAUCUUAAUCCUGUUUUAUCUGCUCCUUCUGCAGAACUUUGGUCUAAAUGGGCCCAUGGAGUCAGCUCUCACUAUUGCAGAAGAUGAGCAGUGGAAGAGGAUCCGCCAUGUUCUCUCCCCCACAUUCACUAGUGGGAGACUCAAAGAGGUAAACAGCACAAACUUUGUUAUGCUACACUCCAUCUCUUCCCUACGGAAUUACGGGAGGCCAUUUUCUGAGGCCAAGCAGCAGUUCUACAGAUUAAAUUUAAUACCUUAACUUAAAGGAUUACUUUAAACAAAUAAUAGUGUUUCAAGAAAAAUACUGUUGUUGGUCAGAGUGUCCUUUCCCAACUUGGUCCCUCCCCCCAAAAUGGGGGAGGGUGUGAAAAUAGCUAGAAUUCACAUUGGUUCCAUUGCCGAGACCAAGUUCUCUUUUAAAAAUAAAAAAGUGACUGUAUCCAUAAAAAUGUCUAGGCUUUUUGUGGUAACAUCAUUAUCAGGUAUUGAUAAAUUUGUAGACUUUUUAAAAUCUAUUUUUACCUUCCGCCUAAAGGGGGUUAAAAAUGUGUUGCAUUUUAUGAACAGAUCCUGUCGAUUAUUUUUUGUGCUAUUUACUUUGAGGAUCAGCUAUUCUUAUGGACUGGAGUCAGAGUGAGCACCUGACCGAAAUUUCUGCACUAUCAAUUAUAUGUUCUGAGGUCUACCCCUUGGUGUGGAGACUGUCCAUUGUAAAGUUGUGAUUAACCCCUUCAUUGGCAUUUCGAGGAUAGUGUCGACCUGUAUUUCAGUGAUGUUUCAAGUAGUCUUUCAUCCCUAUUCUCCUCUGCUCACGUCACUCCUAGUUGGAGGGGAACGCUGAUGUCAGAGAUUGCGUGCUGAAAAGAGUACAUGGUGGGGGGGUUUGCCAUCAAACCUCCCUGUGUUCCAAGAGAUAUAAUAUACGUUGUAAUAAUAUUUAUAUCAUGACAAUUUUCUGUCGCUGUAGUAACAUGUUAUUCAUUGAUUGUACAGUGCUGUAGAAUAUGUUAUUGCUAUAAAAAAUAAUAAUAGAAACAGCAGCAAUAUAUUAUAUUAUGUUUAUGAACUGUCAUUUUCUAAAGAUGUUUCCAGGCAUCACAAUUCUAACUAGAGUGGUGCUGAAAUAUGUGCUUUGUGUAAAGAAGGGGGACUCAAUUCCAGUUAUGGAGGACCAGUAAUAGGUCAGACUGUUAUUAUAUUCUAAACACACCAAAUGGUGGUAUGUGUAAAUCUGACUUGUUACUGAUUCCUGAGUGUUAGAGUGGAAAAAAUACUGUUGUGAUAAACUUAUUUUUAUAAAAUUAGUAUUGCUUCAACUGAUAUGGAUUUGGGUCAUUAAGUGCUCAUCUUGUAACAAAAUCCACCAAUGUCUAACUAAAUUUCCUCUUCUCUUUCAGAUGUUACAUAUUAUGAAAGAAUACUCAAAUGUUCUGGUGAAGAAUAUGCAGGUUUAUGUAGAUAAAAAAGAACCAUGUGUCAUAAAGGAGUAAGUGUCAUCUUAGAAAUACACAUUUAUUUGUACUUAUGUAGACAGUUGAUGUCUGUAGCAAAUAAACUUUGCAUAGAACUCAAGUCAGUGUAGUGCCAAAAUGUAAAGGAACACUAUAACAUUACCAAUACAUGUUUGAAUUCCUAACUCUCUAAUUAUUAAUUACCUAUUUAAUGUUGUCGUCCCCACACCCUAGCCACGUAAACGUUUGAAAGGUAAGAUUUACUGACAUCCAUGCUGAAUCAUCCAAUGGGAGGCAAUGGAAACUUUGGAGCCUAGUUCAAAUGCUUGGCAAAACACCACACUGUACCAAUCCAAUGGUUUCUCUAAGACCAUCUGCUUUAUAAAAAAUAAUGAUAAUGAAGUGGUCUGGGUGCAAAACAGCUAUGCAUUAAGUUUGUCUACUCUGGCCUUAAAUUUGAAAUUUACUUUGAAAUCUCACUUUACUUAAUAACGUUAGUAGUUACAGUAACAGUUAAUAAUGUCAGUUUUUGUGUUCUUUGUUUUGUUUUUCCAACUUGCUUUUUUAGCUUAAAGUUUCUUACUCAACUGUAAAGUCACAAGUAAAGUAAUUUCCUGGUUUGUUUUAUUUUAGCUAAAUAUUUCUAAGGGCACUGUUUUGUGACUCAUUAUAAAUAAGUCAGUAUUUCUAAACUAGACAGGAAAUUGCAUCAUCUAUCAAAUUUACAAAGUUACACAUACUGUGAUUAUAUAUUUGUAUUAUGUUUUAGUGUUACAGGCGCUUAUAGCAUGGAUGUUGUCACCAGCACUUCAUUCAGUGUCCAUAUCGACUCCCUAAACAAGCCUAAUGAUCCAUUUGUAAUGCAUAUCAAGAAGGUUCUAAAAGUGGGCCUUUUCAGUCCAGUACUCAUCAUUGCUGGUAAAGUGUUUUUAUAAAAUUCUCAUAUUUUGCUUAUUUAUGACCAGUGUAUACAUUUUGUUCCAGGCCAAAUUUCUUAUUAAAUGACCACUAAAGGCAUCCAGGCCACUUCAUCUCAUUUUAAUUCGGCAAUGUAAAACACUGCAGUUUAGUAGAAACUGUAAUGUUUCCAUUACAAGGUUAUACAACUCUACUGGCUGUGCUGACUGCCACUAGAGAUGUUUGCCUGUGAGAACCAAGUCAAACUAUGUUUUCAAUCAAUUGCUGCUCCUAGAGCACCAUUUGACUGGUGCAGCAAUAUGGGCACAUAUGCCCUAGCUGUUUCCAGUGCCUCCAUAUGAGGAGGCAUUAGAUUGCCUGAGAUCAUUAGAAUUGCUAAUCUUAGCCAUGAAGGCAGCCGUGAAGAGAUGUGGUGAUGGAGAAAAGGUAAAUAAAACUACCCUUUUGCUUCACACCGCUGGGGAGAGGUUAUUAUCCUAACGCUAUAGUGUUCUUUUAAAGGUGUACCGUUAAUGGUAUGUUUAUAAUUUAAAGUGAACCUGUUUUGGUUUAAGUUACUUUUAACAUACCAAAACUGAUGAUCUAUCUCCCUUCCCAUACAAAGCUAGCCUAGUGAAUCCCUGGGGUGUUCACAAACCAAAAAACAAACAAACCCUAAUAAGUGUUGGCUCUCUAAGGGAACAGUAACCAAAGUUUUGUCUUUCCCUGGCCUUUUUGUUAUUUUGACUUUCUUAGUGCUGAUACUUACUAAUUCUAUCUAAGCGUUAAUCCCAGCCAUUCUAAUAUCCAGUAAAACACCUAUUUAUUACAACUGCUUUAUCUUUGGUAGGUUGUUGACCUAUAUUUUGCCGAGGAUCCCCUCCUGUUCGUGACAGGGACCCUUCCUCUACUUUAUUUGUACUGGCGACCCUUUUUGAAAAUUUAAACAGAAAAGGUUAACGUGACAUUUUUUUUACUAUAAAUUUAUGGUACUCUACUUUUACAGUAUUUUAACGCUUAUGACAUCUAUUUUUCUGGUGUCAUGCAGAGACUGCACCUAUGCCAGGAAUAUUGAAUUGGCUGAGAUUUCCAAGGAGGCGGGGUGGGGGCAGAGCCAAACACCAUCCUGGCCAAUCAGCAACUCUGCAUAGAGAUGCAUUUAAUCACUGCAUCUCUAUAAGGAAACAUCAGUGUCUCCAUGCAGAGGGUGGGGACACUAAAUGUCAGUGCUGCACAUUUUGCAACACUGCCUCAGGAAGCACCUCUAGUAGAUAUCUGAGGAGUGACCAGUGGUGGUAUACAUAGGGUUCAAUGUAAACGCUGCCUUUUCUCUCAAAAUACAUUGUUUGCAGUAAAAAACCUACAGGAACUGACUAUACUCACCGGAACAACUACAAUAAGCUGUAGUUGUUCUGGUGACUAUAGCGUCCAUUUAAACAUCUACUAGACACACUCAAGGUCAAGGCAUGAACGCAAUCAAGGGGCAUUAUUCUAAUGAUUAAAAGUGCACAGUUAUUACAUUUUUCUCUCAUAGGUUUAUGCACCAAGUAAGCCAUUCAUUUGUUUCAGAUGAAAAAGUGGAAAAUACUCAGGGAAUCAUUUUUGAAUUAUCACAAUUAAGUACUAGAAUUAAUUGAGUUAAAGGGUGACUUCAUGCACCAUCACCACUUCAAUAACUUUAGCUUUGCUGCACAAACAGAAAUAAACCCCUUUGCUGCCGGAGAGUUCCAGGUUGGCUAAUAUCAAUUCUGUGCAAAAUAUUUGACGUCAGACAGCCCAAGCACCUUCCUCUACCUCUUACGUCCACCCUCUAUUUAUCCUCUCUGACCAUGUAAGAUUAUGACUUUUCUUUUUAUGUACUUUGUCUUUGGGCUGGGAAGACCACCCCAAAAAUGGAUUUUAUGAAAAUACUGUUUUGGAGAAACCAUUUAAUUUAGAGGCAAUUUUGUUCAGUUAACAUUCAUGUUCAACAAACUAAUUGCCCCAAGUUUUGGAGGUUGAAUUUGCUUUAAAUGUUUAUACCUUGUGUAAAUUAUCCUCUUGAUUAUACAACUAGUAGAAUUUAAUUGCUAGACUUUUAUUAGAGGAAAUUUAUGAGAACAAGAAGCACGCACGUUAAGCUGGACUCUCUUGUUCUGUCUCUAGAGAUUGUUUUGUGUUAUGAUCUUCUAACACAUCUUAUGUUUCAUUUUCAGUGCUUUUCCCAUUUCUGAUACCUAUUCUUCAGAAGCUGAAUGUGAACUUCUUUCCCAAAGACUUUGUGCGCUUUUUCAUGAAUGCGAUCACCAGCUUCAAAGAAAAGCGUGAGAAAGGAGAUCACUCGGUGAGAUUAAUCUUAUACCAGAUAGAAAGCUGGAAAUAUUAUCAAAUUGUCUGUCUUUGAAUAUGCUAGUCAGUUUCCAAGCAGGACUUAAGAGAUUCUGAACAUUCUAAACUACUGAGAACCCCAUGAUAAAGGAUAAAUGAAAAAACUUUACAAUGGAUAAACACAAAAAUGGUAGAGAAGCCUUCUUAAGUUAAAAUUAGAGACUAAAUAAAACUACCACAACCACUGUAUCACUGUCUGAAAUAACCACCACUCUGGGUUAAAAAAUGUCAAAAUUCUGAGUGCCUAUUGAAAUAGAUCAAUAUAGUAGACAGGAUUCAGAGGAAAUGGAAAUACAGGUUGUAAAUAAAAAUAAUAAAAAUGUAUUCAAACAAGUCCUUGAUAUAACUGUAUCAGCUAGUCAGUUCCUUACCCCCCACGAUGAAAGGUAGGUAGGAUCCAAAGCUGCUGGAUGUUAGUCUAGUAAAGGUUCUAUAACUUGUAAAGUGAGGAACCAGUACAUGUAAUAAUCAUAUUAUAAAAUCAGACUGUAGUAAAGAAGACAUUUUUUCUUGUCCCACAAGGGGUUAAAAUCCUUAUGUCAAUUAUAUAGUGCAGCAGACAGUGUACCGAUUAAAUUAUUUAUUAGUACAAAUGUAACUGUCAACAAAAAACACACACAUAUAUAUAUAUAUAUAUAUAUAUAUAUAUAAAAGACUAAUAUAUUGCAAAGGUCCCAGAUGUGCAAGCAAAUAGAUAUCAGGUUUACAGACCGGGGGUCCAGAGAUGUUGGGGUCACUCUCUUGCCGGCCGCGUAGGAGUGCGUCCGGACCUCCUCGUGCUGCUACAACACUCAAUAUCGGCCGCGUGCGUUCCACUGCGGCUCUGGAUGCAUUCCAGUAUGCUGAUUCUCGGGAACCAAUGUGAAGAUGCUGCCUAACGCGUUUUGUGAUCAACGAUCACUUCAUCAGAGGAUCUAUGAUAAAGGAUGUAUGGGGAGCACUGGGAAGUGGCAGUUGGUGAAGUUUUAAGAUGGGGAGGUAUAAGAACCCACCCUUGGCAUAUGAUAACAUGCCAUGUCUGUAAACCAUUUGACCUUUUGGUCCAUACCAUAAAACUAAAAAUACACAAAUUUGGGAAAAGAAAACCAGUACAUGGCCUGUGGUAUAUAACAUUUAUGAAGCAGUAAGGAGAUAGUGUUUUUCCUUAGUAUCCUCCUUGAUUCCCUUACUGCAAUGAAUUCUAUUUGGCUAGACUAAUUUCAUGUACUGAAAGAGUAAGAUCUGUGUGGAAAUUGUAGUUUCAAUGUAUACAAGUGCAAUACACAGUGCCUGACUGCUGGCACUAACGGAGUACGGCACAUUUGUACUGCCUGGCACAGAAACAUAGUAGGUAUAGGACCAUAGGCGUGCGCACGGGGUGUGCCGGGUACACCCUAAUCCCCGCGGCAUGCCUAUGUAUUGAGACCGGCAGGGAAGAUCUCAGGAUCUCCCCUGUCGGCUCAUGCAGAGCUGGCGCUAUCCAAGCGCCGGCUCUGCUCUCAGCCUCCCUCCCCACCGACCCACAGGCAGGGAGGGAGGCAGGAGAGGACCCGGGGAGCUCUUGCCAGCAGCUCCGCCGGGUUCCUCUCGCAAGAUCUGAGCGUUGCCACUCUAACCACUAGGACCACCAGGGAAGGCAGAAAGGAUCCCCCCUCCCUGGCAUAAGGUAACAAGGGAGGGGGGAUAUUAAGCAAUCUGCCCCCACCUCCACUGGACCACCAGGGAAGGCAGCAGCACGGUCUGCCCCCACCUCUACCCCCACAAAUCAUCCAAACAUAAAGCGCACACACACACAACAGCGCACACACACAUACAGCACACACACAGCACCCACACACAUACAGCACACAAACAGAACACACAUCACCCACACACACACAUCACCCAUCCACACAGCACCCACACACACGCGCACGCACACAGCACCCACACACACAUCACCCACCCACACAGCACCGACCCAUACAAAACCCACACACAUGCGCACACACACAGCACCCACACACAUACAGCAAACAAACAUCACCCACACAAACAGAACACACAUCACCCACACACACAGCACCCACACACAUACAGCACACAAACAGCACCCUCACACACACAGCACACUAACAGGACCCUAACAAACACACACACAGCACACUACCAGUACCCUCAGACACCAACCGCACCCUCACACACAGUGCAUUAACAGCACCCUCACAGGCGCACACACACACAAACACCUUCACCCACAUAGCACACUACCAGCACCCUCACACAGCAUACACACACACAGCAGUGUAUGUGUGUGUAUAUAUAUAUGUAUAUAUAUAUAUAUAUAUAUACAUACAUAUAUAUACGCGGCGUGUACUUGUGCUUUAGGGUGCACACCCUAAUGCAAUAGGUUGCGCACGCCUAUGUAUAGGACAGACAACACUCGCUGGCUACAGUACAUUCAUACAGCCAGGUGAGAACACGAAUGGCACUUACUGCGCACAUCCCAUUCAUACAGCCAGGUGAGGGCACAGAUGGCAUAGUACAGAUGACACUCACUGAGUAUAGCAUAUUUUUACAGUGGGGUGAGGGCACAGAUAGCAUAGUACUGAUGGCACUCAUUGAUUACAGGGCAUUCAUUGUGACCAAGAAUGAAUUUGAGAAUGUUUCCAAUUUAGCUGUUAUUAAUAAUAGUUUUAGUAUUUAUAUAGCGCCAACAUAUUCAGCAACGCUUUACAGUUAUAGAGAAGGAAAGAAGUGAAGGACCUGCUCAAACGAGCUUACAAUCUAUGAAGAUUGGCAGAUAUAGAUGGUUAGGUGUCUUGCUCUGGGACACUUACUGAGGAGGUGGUCUGACCAGAUUUAAAACCUUGUUUUCCCGGGUCUAAAGUGGAGCAGCGAGGUAGAAAUUAGCAGUGCAGGGGUAAGCUGGCAUGCUCCUUCACUCACAAAGCACCAGUGAGGUAAUGUAACUAUAGUUCGUGUAACUUCCUACUAUCAGUAUGUUUAUGAAGAGAUGGCACAGUAAAGAAUACCGCUAGAUAGUGAGUACAAGCAGUGGAGUGUUUGGGUACAGUUCAUUAGCUUUUCAACUGUACUUAACACCCAUGGGCCACAUACAUUAGUCUAGCCUGUCUAGUGCAAUACCUGUCACUCUUGCUUUACAACUUGCAUUGCCAAAAGAACAUUAUUGGGGGGCGGAGCCAACCACCGACCUGUAUGGCCACAUUCUAACGGAGCUCUGAGCUUCAGAGGACACAAUCCGCAACCAUCGGGCAUAAAAAAUAGAAAUGGGUCACCCCAAACAAGCUGCUUGUCCCAAAAAGCGUCCGGCGAGACACCGGUUGAUAAAUCAGGUGCCUUCCUUUCGGGACCAAACGGAUACACACCCGUCCAUUGUAAGCCCUAGGCAUCAGAAUCAAUCUCAUCCUCCCUGAGGGGAAGAGCAGUGCACCACUAACCAUCCACGCUAAUACAGCAGCCCACACAACAAGCACCUGGGAUGAAGGUCUGACAAAGCAGAUUAUCUCGAACCAUCCAUACUCACUCCUUUCCAGUUAAUUGGACCUGGACUUUACCUUUAUAUCCAGCACCUGAUCACCGCCAUACCGGUGCAACCUUCAAGUGUGAUACCCGUGCCGUAAGAUUAAUUGAACUCAGUCCUGUAUACACACUCUGUUCACUUUUGCCUCUUCUUUACUUCCGUCCCUCUCCUGUUUCCUCUCUUCACUCAGUCCCCUCUCUUCCCUCCGUCCGCAACGACCAACCUGUCCCCCCAAAACAAAAAAAAACAUAAAAUAAAAAUCUCUCUAUCGCUUUACUCUUUUCUGCAUCUAUCUCUGCGUUUGCUUUACAUAUUUACCACGAUACGUCUCUUACGCCCUAAGCUUAUUUAUACCAGUUUUUUUUUUUUUCUGCUAUAUGUCCAUGUUAUAAUAUUUGCGAGGGAAUUGGGAACCCCACUACAUAACUCUGACACUGAGCACCUACCGCAUGCUUGUCCCCAGGGACUGUACUGCUGACUCACCCCUUUCAAGCAAUGACAGGGGGGAAUGUUUGUUGCACUGCUAUUGUUGUGGCGCCAGCUGUUUUAAAUUUAAAAUCAUUACAAAUUCUGACCCCAGCCCAUAGCGGAUCCUGCUUCCCCCUUCUUAUCCCUCUUCUACACUCCUAUUAUUACCCAAAUAGCGGAUGUUAUGACACCCCAUACAGAAUAUAUUAUGCUUAUACUCCAUUUAUAGUAACCUCAUUAUUCAACCCACCAAGGUUGAACAGGCUCAUCCUCAUUCGACCUGAUCUGAAAACCAAUCAUUGUGCCCAAUUCUCACGAGUCCAUUACUGACCCUAAACCCGGUCACACUGGACUAUCCUCCAUAGCCCACUAUGAAUCUAAACAUUUAAACCUGAUGCCUAGGUUGUGAUUUUCUGACCUCAAUGAUAUAUUCCGUACCCCCGAGCUCUGAAUACCAGUCCUCUUUCUCCCCCCCACCCCCAAAUUAAAAAUAAUAAUUUUGUUUCCGCUUGAACAUUCUUCGUUAAUGAUAAGUAUUGUUUAAGAGCUGUUGUACCUCCUCACCCGACCCCAAACAGGGACAGACACCGACGAUUUUCAUGUACAGGGAAUGCACAUAUGUCAUAUUUACUGAACUACUCAACACUGUUUUAUUUAUGUCUUUAUGUACAUAGUUUAUUGAAUUUGUGUUUCUUAGCUGCUGCCUGGGGACCUGAGGGGAGUAAGAUGCACUUAUUGUUAAAUCUACAAUGGCUACUUUCUGACUGGUCUCUCUGAAUGUCAGAGGCUUAAAUUCUCCUGAAAAAUGCUCCCUAACCCUUACAGAACUCAAACUCAAAGCAGAUGUUGCCUUUUAAUAAGAAAUGCAUUUCCAAAAAAAAUUUCAGCUCUCAAGCUCUCUAACUGUAAAUUCACCACCGCAUAUUUCAGUAACUUCACGGAGGCCAAAACACAGGGAGUGGCCAUUUUAAUCUCUGCACAGGUCCCGUUCACAUAUGUAAAACAUGAAAGUUUUGACAAUGGUAGAGUGGUGAUGGUUAAGGGACUCAUAGGCCAUAAUCUGGUGACCUUUGUAAAGAUGUACUUACCUAACUGACGGCAAUGUCAAUCCAUAAGACGCUGCAUACAGUCUAUCGAUCAUUUUGCGGAAGGCAUCUUAAUUAUGGGGGGUGACCUAAAUAUCUCCCGAGACUCUACACUUGAUACCACCUCAAGUACACAUACCUAUCAGAUAUCUGCACGACAGAGGCCUUUUGACAGGGUGGACUGGGGGUAAUGUUAUUUGCUACACUCUGCGCCUUUGGAUUUGGGCCUAAUUGGUUGAAGUGGGUAGGAGCCAUAUACUCUCGCCCCACUGCUAAACUACGCAUUAACAGCCAACUUUUCAAACCGGUGCGAGUACAGAAUGGCACAAGACAGGGGUGCCCUCUCUCCACUGCUAUUCAUUGUGAUCCUGGAACCCUUUUUACAGGGCAUCAGAGACCAUCCACACAUUCGAGGUGUAGUAAGCAACCAAAGGGAGUAUAAGGUUUCUGCCUUUGCGGAUGACUUACUCUUUACAAUUUCUGAUCCCAUAACCUCUAUGGCCCCCUUAGAUGAAGCACUAACCCUAUAUAAUCAUAUAUCUAAUUUUCGAGUAACUAUUCCAAAAGUGAAAUCCUACCAUUACAUAUGACUGACCAUAUCACGGCCACAUUACGGAAUUAAGUCACAUGGGCUAAUUUAGCGGUCAAAUACUCGGUGUCUACGAACUAAACUAUAUUCCACUGGUCCACAAUCUGACACAAGACCUUGUGUCUUGGAACAAACCACAUUUCAACUGGAUUAGUAGAAUUAACAUAUUAAAGAUGAAUACAUUACCAAAAUUUUAUAUCUUUUACAGGUCUUACCCAUUAUGUUACCUAAAUCAUUCUUCUCCACUAUCAGACGAACCAUCUCGGAAUUUAUCUGGGGCGGUAAACACCCACGGCUAGCUUUCCACACCUUAACUCGACACAAAUUCUGGGGUGGAUUAGGUCUUCCAGACGUAGAAAUAUAUCACAAAGCAAUAACUUUAAUGAGGAUAUAUGACUGGACAGGUCCAUCAACACAUGAACAAUGGGUUGACUUGGAAAAUGAUAUGUUUCACAUACCACUAUAUACUGUGCCCUGACACGGAAAUGGUAGAAAAUACCUACGUCCACAAAACCAAUCACACCCAAUAAUCAUCAUACCAACCCUUAAACUUUGGAACCACAUUAGAAAAUCACCUAACAGAUUCCCACACCCAUCUCCUCUCUACCCCAUGAUGCAUAAUCCCCUUUUCCCACCUGGUCUCCAAACCACUGCAUUUAAACCACCUAACUCUAAAUACCUCACUUUAUGCUCACUUUUGGAAGAUAAAUCCCUAAAACUAUUACCUAGUAUAGUGCACAAGGGACAGCCACCACCUUUGGAAUCUUUUUUUUUUUUUUUUUAUGCCCUGCUUUUGCACUUCAUACAGUCAGAACCGAUAAUACUGACAGGGGACCGUCCUUACUCUGACUUUGAAACAAAGUGCCACACUCGCAGUGUAAAGACUAAACAUCUCUCUACAUUCUAUAAAUUAUUACAACUUGAAUACAAAGACCAGCUACCCACGUUCACAUCAUCAUGGGCUGCAGACCUCCAAAUCACGCUAACACUCGUGGAAUUCUAGAUCACAUGUCAUUUCCUUUCCACGACUACCCGCAGUCCUCUAGUCUCGCUGAUGAGAAGUGGCAUAGGCUGCUGAGAAGCAACCUGGGAGAUAUACAUACUUACUAACAAACUAUUAUAGACGGAACUACUCACUCAAUCAUAGCAGUCGGAGAAGGAAUGAGGUAUCCCUCUUAUAUCGUUCCCAAUGCACCUUUUAUUUGUAAGCUAUAAGGUAUGUUAAGUGCUUUUAUCAGAGUCCAUAUAGAUGUUCAAACAGCAAUUAGAUGCAAACUUGCAAAAACAGAAUAUUCAAGGAUAUAUUUUUUCAAUGUAGUGUAAUAGCUGCUUGAUCCAAGUAUAAAUCUGACUGCUAUUCUGGGGUCAAGAAUGAUUUUUUUCCCUAGUUUGUUGCAAAAUUGGAAGUGCUUCAAACUUUUUUUUGCCUUCUUUUGGAUCAACAGCAAAAAACAAAUGAGAAAGGCUGAACUUGACUGACGCAAGUCUCCUUUUAGCUAUGUAACUAUGUAUAUUCUUGAUGAACCCUCACCCUCCUGGCAGCACCGGGCACUUUUUGGGCUAGUUUCUGAGUUUAAUAUGUUAGAAAUGUCUAUAAUCCCAAACGUUAGUUAUGUCAUCCACUGAGUUCACAUAAUUAGGGCUCACAGGAACCAUCCUACAUUACAAUUGUACAGUUUCGAUGAGGGUUGGUCAUAUAAUCCUUAAAUUGCAAAUAUUCACUAUGAUGGAGCAAGAAUACUCUUAACAUAUAUCCACUAGUCCUAGGGAAGUACUCCAUGAUAUCUACAUUCUCCAUGCCGGACCUAUCACACUGAGCCUCCUUAUCUGAUAAGCUAAUACAAUUCUAGCUGAUAUGGGUUAGACACAUAGACGAACCCUCACCGCGAUUAAGUAAAUCUCUACAGACGCACUCCUACAUAUAUGCGGAGAUAUGCUAUGUAACUCACUGUUGUAUUCUGUACUACUUGCAGAGCCUUUAUGUAUAUGUAUACUAAUGUAUGUAGACAACUAUUGCAACCUCUAAGGAAAUUAUCUGACAAAGUCACCCAAUGGAUGUUUUCAUACUGUUGUUUAAAUUCUUAGAUGACCAAUAAAACUUUAAAAAAAAUUGUUUUUAAAGAACAUUAUUGGAACCUCAUGAAGCCACGGGGGUUUUUGUACGAAUCCAAACAAACCAUAGCACAGUUGCUCAAAAAGAUUCCAAAGCAGUAGUAGUUGAUGCAGUCCCCCCUUUCUUAAUGUAGUGUAGCAGACUCUCUAUUACAAUAUAAAUAUUUAUAUUGUAAUAAUCAGUUAUGACCAGUAGCACAUUUAGGUGCAGAGAAGCUAGUGUGUUAUUGGACUCCUGAGGAGGGGCCACAUCAUGUGUGAUGUUUUCUAGGACUGAACUGACUAUGUCUUUUACACAAAACCUUCAGCUAUGCUUAUCUGUGGAUGCAGGAAUACAGGUUUCAGGCAUAAGUAAGUAGGUCAUCAGUUCCCCAAAAUAUAGUAGGCUGAUACUUUAGUUAUGGAGCUGCCCUUUCCUUUAUCACUUUUUGGGCUAAAUCAGAAAUUAAGUGGGUGAAACUAAACCGCACCAUUCCAGUUACUAGUAGCAUCUUUUAUGUUUCCAGUCUCUAUGUGUAGAAGAAGGACACACAAAACUGUAGACUUGCACAUUUGAUUUCAAAUGAAUUGCAAUUCAUCCAUUUUUUUUGUCUAAUUGGCGGGUCUCCGGAAUUCCUGAACUCUGAUGUACUAAUCCAGAUAAUGGACGUUUGAUUCAUGAUUCAGAGUUCCACCUGUGGCACCAAAAAAGUAGAAGAAAAAAUUGAUGGUUUGUGGAUUGCCACUAAAUCAAGUGAGUGCUAACAAUGCAAAGCUUUACGAUCACUUACUGUAUAAUAAUGGUCAUUUUAAGCGCCAGGCUCUCAUUCUGUAGCACUCACACUAUACAAAAAAGGAAAAUAGGAGUUUGUAACUUGAGUCCAUUAGAAAAUAAAAGCUAAAGCAUGCGUGUAAAAGUAAGAAAGGAGAUCACUCGGUGAGCUCUAAAACUUUUAUUAGCAUGCAGCAGUUAAAUUUGAUUGAAGACUGUAUAAAAUUCUAAUAUCGAUAUGAGGAGUACUGACUUUAUGUCAGCACACAGUGGGUUAAUGUAAGGAAUCCACUAUGGGGAGCCGCACUGUGAGGCCAGAGGAGAAGAGGACAAGGAAGGAAGUAAUCUAGUUUUGUUCCUCUGCAUCCCUCCCAAGUUCCUAUAUUGAAUUUUCUCUGCACAGCAUCAUAGGGCAGGAGCAAAUGACGAGUAGUGAUGCAAAAAAUAUUUUUAAAAAGUACAUAUAUCGAAAAUAUUAUAUAUAUAAUUUUUUUUUUUUUAGGAAUAUGUUUAUUUGGCAUUCAAGUCACACAAAAGUGGUGCCCUAUAAGCUACCGGUAUUUAUUCCUAUUAGUUUCCUCAUUGUUAGCAUUGCUGUCCUGUGCCUUUCCAAUAUUUGUGGUCCAGCAUUCCCAAUCUCUCACAUACCUACUUACACAACCCUGUGUUUUGCUAACCAUUCUCUCGUAAAUACUUAUCGUAUUCAACCUCUGUAUGAGAGUAUCUAACAAGGGGAUCGUCGUGGUCUUCCAGUGGAACGCCAAGUUUAUCUUAGCUACUGUGAGAAUGAUGAGUAAUACUUUGUGGUUGGGGUGGUGUAUCAGCCCAGGGAUGAUAUGCAGAAGGUAGCUGGUUGGCUUCUUUGGUAUUCUAUAGAGUGUGGUAUCAGAGAUAAAUUUCCCCACCCGGUCCCAGUAUUCUCCCAGGGCCAGACAAUCCCAAAAUGUGUGUAGCAUAGUGCCUAUCUGUGUUUUGCAUCUCCAGCAUAGCUCUGAUGCCUCCUUAUAGAUCCGCGAUAACUUGUAUGGCACCAGGUACCAUCUCAUGGUGAUUUUACAGAAGGCUUCGCAGAGUGAUAAGCUCCUUGAGGCUCGUUUAGUAAUUGACAUAGCUUCGUGCCAAUGUGACUCAUACCCCAGCUCAUUCUCCCAUUGGAUCAUAUAGGGCAUUUUGUCUUUUGCAGGCCCCUGGAGAAGAGCAUUGUAACAUAGAGAGAGAGGUUUCAAGUGUUUGGCUGAAAGCAUUGAGGGUACAUUCACUACCGCUUCGGGAAGUACAUCGUGUGUUGUGUCUAACCUGGAAAUCAUUGUUUUUUACUAUCAUGUACAAAAAUAGGUCUCUCGGUGGUAGCGAGUAUUGUUUUUGGAGCACUGGGAAUGGUUUCAUUUUAUCCCCCUCUAAUAGAUCAUUCACCUUUUGAAUACCUUUUGUGACCCACGGUUUAAUCGUUAGGUCUGGGGAAGAUGCUCAUCAGCACCACAAUUAGUGCAGAAUGGAAUAGGGUGUCGGGUUUAAUAAUGGUUGAACUCCAGGAUCUCCAGGCUUGUACUAGAAAUGUGGAAUUGUGUAGCAUAUGGGCACACUUGACCGGAGGCAUCAUGUUGGACCAUAGGGAGCUAGCAAUGUUGUGUGGACUUAUGCAUGCAUUCUCUAGGGACAGCCAAAGCGGGCGGGGUUCCGUAUGUGAGAGUCGCAAAAUGCGUAUUCCUUGAGCUAGCGCCGUGGCCCUAUAAUAGGCCCUGAUUUCUGGUAAUCCCAGCCCUCCCUUGAUAUAAGGGAGCCCUAAAUUAUGGUAUGCCACUCGAGGUGGCUUUCGUUUCCACACAUGUGCAUUAAUGGUAGAUUGAAAUUGAUUAAUAAGUUUGGUAGGCAGUGAUAUUGGCAACGUACGAAAUAGGUAAAGGAUGAAAGGAAGGAUCAUCAUUUUUAGAGAGUUUAUGUGACCCAACCAAGAAACUUCUAAUUCAGCCCAUCUUACCAGUGAGGUUUUUAUCUUGUGUAACAAUGGAUAGUGGUUUUCUGUUGGAAUUGUAUGGAGGGAUUUAGUCAAUUAAACCCCUAGAUAGGACUUUUUUUUUUUCUCCAGUCAAAUGUGUAUAGAUUUUCUAGCUGGGUCACUACGGCUUGAGGGAGACUUAUGGGUAAAGCUUGGGUUUUGACUGUAUUGUUUCUAUAAUAGGAGAUUCUACCAUAUGUGUUCAGGAUUUCUAGUAGCUUCGGAAUUGAAGUUGUUGGAGAAACAGGAGAAUAUCAUCCGCGAAUAACGCUAAUUUUUUUCAAACCCCCCGUGGUAACAAAACCUGGAAUUUGUGUGUUCUGGUUUAUUUGGCGUAAGAGUGGUUCCAAGCAUAGGAUAAAAACAAUCGGGGACAGCAGGAUGAAUUCUAUAUAUUAUUAACAAAUCAUGACUCCUUAAUGUUUGGAAUCACCAGCUUUUAUCCAAGUAUAUUCUGCCUUUUAGUAAAAUCAAUUAAUUUAAUUAAAUUAAAUUAAAUUAAAUUAAACCAGCAUACUUACCAGUUAUGUUGUAGAAAUAUCCCAGGAAUUUUGAAUGCAAGUAUGAUGAGAGAAUUGUAUGAAAAUAGAGUUCUGAAGUUGUGUUAGUUGAAAAUGAUACAAAGAAUUAGGUGUCCAGCUUUGGCUCCAGAUGUCAGAUCUUAGAUGGGAGUUUGAGUGAGGGUGUAAGAGUGUUGCUUUCUCUCAUUUGUCCUUAAUUUUUCAAAGAGAAGUCUCUAUACAUCACCAAUAGAGAAUUGUGGGCAUGUUUUAUCUACAGGCUAUCAUCUAGAUUUUGGUCAGUAGAUGGCGCAAUUACAUCACAGGCUAUCAUCUAGAUUUUGGUCAGUAGAUGGCGCAAUUACAUCACUGAAAAUUCUUGUCAGGGGGUCCAUUUACAUUUUUGUAUAAUGGGUUAACUGAAUUUCAUGAUGCAUUUGACGUCAUCUUGGUUAUCUUUAUGGCUCCUAUUCAUCAAAGAAGCUGUCAGCCUUUAAAGCGUUUGGUUCACUUUUACCCAGACUUGUGUCUGCCUUUUGGCUAUACGUUAGAUUCCUGACACGUCCUAACUUUAAUUUCACCUUUCCUUACAAUGGAACUUUGUAAGAUUCCGUUAGUUUUUGGAAAGUAAAAUUAAUUACUUAGUGUUAUCUGGUGUCUGGUUUUCUUUUUUAUACAUGUCUGUUAUGCAUAUUCCACUAACAUUAGUAAAUAAUGACAUUUCUUCAUUGAUAUUAUAUCCAUGAAUAUUCUAUGUUAUUAACAUAGUACUAUUUAUAUAUGAUUAAUAUGCUUAUAGUAAGUUAUAUGUGGAUAUUGUGUAUGUAUAUAUAACCAACACUGGUUACAUUAUAUUCACAACUUGACACUUUACUGCUACUGUUAUUUCUAUUGAGCAGAAGCAUACUGUGUGGGAUGUGAUAUUGAUAUCUUUGCACUAUAAGAACUUUUUCUGUUAAAGACUUUAUUGGACAGUAUUUUAUUUUUCCAUCGUUUUGGAUUUUUAUUGGACUAUUUAGUUGUUUUGGACCAUCCAUUUUUACAUAUUUUUGCAGACACUGUGUUAAUACAUCCUAAUCCUAAGGUCUUUUUCCCAUUUUUCAAUACAUUAAGAUUAUUAGUUGUUUAGUGAAUAUUCCCCCUAUACCUAGGAUCUUUCUGAUACAAGGCUGCCACCUAGUGUACAUCUAUAUUACUAUCACCUUCUUUUGGUUUUAGUAUUCCACGAUUUUUGUAUUUUGUAUUAUAUCAUUCUACCAUUUUAUGUAUUGAUAAGUGGUCCAUGUUGCAUAUUUCAGAGCUUUUCACGUUCUGCUUAGAUUAUUUUACUAUAUGAUUAUUCUUACCAGUUUGUAGCUUCUGGUUAGAGAUCUCCUAGUACGUGUAGGCUUUUUCACCUACUAUUAUUCAUUUUUUUCUCUUAGCUUUUAUGGGGGCUAUUUUUUACUAGUAGAGAUUUCCUACCUGUCUGCUGCUAUCCCUUAUCCAUCCAUUUUCUCCACUCCUUAGGGUCAGUGUAUUCUGCCCACUACUUAUAUAUAUCUAUAUCUAUCUCUGGGUUGUUACAUUUAACCUCUUAUUGCUGUAGACAUCAUGCCUUAUCUCUGUUUAUAUAAGUUACAUUCCUUAGCUCAGGCUUGAAUGAAUAGACUUACAGAGAGAAACAUUUUGUAUCUGUCUUUGCAUUGUAAUACAAAAUGGAGUCACCUCUGUUCUGAUAGUGACUUACAGUAUACACUUUUAAUUUGUCUUAACACAAAAUGUCUGCCAGUAUAAAUAUACUGACAGUGCGGUUAUUCAGGCUCCCUAACAUCUUGACAUGUCCUGUCACUUUUUCCUUUGACAACUGUCUGCAAACUGUACACGGUGAUAAUAUGCAGUGACCUCAACAAAGAGUCCUUAGUUAAGAAGUAAUGUUGCCACAAUAUCAACUGCAAAACCAUAGCCAAAAAAACCCAAUAGUUAUGUUAGCUUAGUAAACUCAUGCUUUGAAUUAUUUUCUAUAUAUUGACAACUCCACACUCUUCGUGAUGCAGUGUGUUUAGAUAUAAUCUCUAGUAAUAGCUCAGGCUUUCCAUUAGCAACAAGUGUGACACUGUAAAGUGUAAACCGUGCUGGUUUAGGAGCCUAAUGGGCCUGAUGAAGAUGGGUCCAAUUAAAGAAUCUCUGAAGGAAAGCACUUUAUGAGUCAUACAUCCCGAGUGUUUUGUACCUGAUGGAGGUGGUACUAGAGGGACACUUAGUUUUGAGAUGGAAGAGAGAAAUGCCAGUCUAUCUGUUCAUCAAAGCCCACAGCAUUCAACUUCUAUCUUUCACUAAUCACAAACUCUACAUUCUCUCCCCUCAGGAGUUACUUGUCCUCUCCUUCCCUUCUUACUAGCUGGUAGCUAAAUGUUGCAGGUAUACAACCUGGGACAGAGAAAGAGGUGCAUGUAGUCAGUGCAACAGAAAGGGUAUAUGCCACACUGCCACAUAAAGAAAAAAAUAUUUGGGGCUGUUAGAGAAAUAGAAGCAGUAAGAGCAUUUGCACAGCGUAUAAAAUCAGCUUUACAUUAACUUUAUUAUAUUCACAGCCAGUCCAUCCAGUUUUGUUUCUAUAUUCAAUUUUCUCUGCACAGCAUCAUAGGGCAGGACAUAUUUUUUUUUUUUUUAGGAUUAUGUUCUCUAGCCCUAACAGUAAAAUCCAUACAACCAACUAGGCAACUUCAAUAAGCAAACAAUUCCAACAGAGCUUAAUUAGAGAGUACAAGGGGUAAUUAGUUAUUAAGUCAGAACGUUUUGGCUUAUUGUCUAUCAGUAUAUUAUUGUAAUAUUGUAAAGAGCUGAGGAAUAAGUUUGCGCUAUAUGAAUCCCAAUAUAAAUAAUAAUAACCAAUAAUUUACUUAGACGACAACUGUUUUCUGUGUAUAUAUACCAACUAUAAAACAAAGUCUUAUUUUAAUUGUAGGUUUUAAUAUACUAUUAUGUGGAAAAGUGCAGUGAAAUGUGAUGGUAUUUUAUAAAAAAAAAAAAAGACUGGUACAUAACACUACACAACACUUGUUAUCACAUGGAUAAAGGGAUCAUGAGGUACACUCUUCACACAACAGGGUAUACCUAAUUAAGAAAACAGUGCAUUAAUUUCUUGAAUUUUAUCAUCAAACUCCUCAACAAGCUAUAUGGAAUAUUACAGUGUUGCAGCUACUUUUUAUUUAGUUUUUUAGACUUUAGCUACAUAUGUGACAUCACAGACAAUGUCAACAAUGAAGAUUACAAAAUCCGUACAUUAGGUUACUCAUUUCAGAGUACAUUCAGAUCAUAUAAGGUGAAAGAGAAAAAAAUAAUAGAUGUGGGGAAUAUCUCCCUAGUAUUUUAGCAAAAAUAAACUUGCUAAAUAACAAUUUUGUAACUGGUAUGUUGUGUUUAAUCAUUUAACAGAUGUUAGAACACAGUGCAUGCUUUCUGAGGAAACCAGUAUUUACAUAUACAAUUUCACACAACCCAGGACAAGGGAACAUUUUGCAAAUAAAAUGAUGUAUGUUGCUUCACCAUUAAAUAUGCAAUCUGAUGCAGAAUUUUGAAUAGUACAUUUGUUUUUAUUUAAAACAUCAAUGCAAGUAGUAACUAGGUUACCAACAAAUUGGAGGUAUCAUAGACAUUGUCCAAGGUUUUAAUGUAUUUCCAUGGAUUUCUCUGUAUCUUCCAGGGCCGUGUGGAUUUCCUGCAGCUGAUGUUGGAUUCUAGAACAACAGAUGUUACUAGUUUAAGUGGCGAACAAAAAGGUAUGUAGGAUUAUGUGAUUUUUUACAUGUAAGUGCAAAGUUUAAAUGUAUGCUAAAUAAAAGUAUUCGGAUUAAAAUACCUCAUUUGUGGUCUGAUAAAAUAAAAUAUAAAUUGCUUAAAGGAGCAGCAUUUUAAUUAAAUGCAUUUAUUUAUAACACUGGAGUGUUGAUGAAACUCCUGGUCCCCUUUGGCCCCUUUUCUUUAAAACAAGGGUUACCUUACCUCCAAUCCAGUUCUGAGACAGUUUAUCUCUGCUCUACCCGCCUAGAGAUUAUCUAUCCUGAUCUCCCAGGCAAGAGUCUUCAAAUUUGUGCUGGAGCACAAAACUAUCAGAAAGGGAAACCUCCUGGCUGUCUAAUAAAUGGGAGGAAGCAUCUUAGCACCUUCAUAAAAGUGUCAAAACUAAAUAAAUGCAUUACAGCAAGCAUGUCAAACCCACGGGCCGCAUUCGGUCCCCAAUGAACAUGUUUGCGGCCCGGCGAGCGGCGAGUACAUGCUUAGUGUUGAAGCAGAGUAGGCACCUGCUUUCUCCACAUUGAAGGUGCUUACUCUGCUAAAAUUUCCCAGGCUGGAGAGGAAGCAGGACGCUAGCAGCAGCGAUGGCGCUCAGUCUUCCUGCUCCUCACUGCUCCCUCGCGUGCGCCGUCUGUAGUGAUGCCAGGUGCUGGAAUAUGAAGUCAUAUUCCAGCAUUCGGCAUCACUAAAUUGCGCACGUGAGGAGCAGGAAGGAGAUUUCCAGAUAGAAGACCCCCACUGGACCCCAGGGAAUGAGGUGAGUGUGUGGAAGAAUGUUUAAAUGUGUGUGUCUGUCAGUCUGGGUGUGUCUGUCAGUCUGAGUGUGUGUGUCAGUGAGUGUGUUUGUCAGUGAGUGUGUCUGCUGGGGUUUUUUUAUACUGUACUUUUCAAAAUCUACGUUUUUAUGAACAGUUUAGUUUUGUUUUGUUUUUUUUGCAGCCCACAUGAACUUAAACCUUGUUUAUUUGGAUAAUGCUAGAAUUUAAGUUUGACAUGCUUGCAUUACAGCCUCCCACUCCCAAUAUUUUUUUUUAUAUUUUUCACCUUUUCAUUAAUCCACUGUGAAUCCAUACAACCAAUUGGGCACUGUGAGUUAAGAGUGGGUGGGGAGGUACUAUGUACUAUACUCUGUGGUGCUGGAAGUACCUUCAUGUCUUUCCUCACUUUCUCCCCUUUCUACUUAUGAAGUAAUUUUGUCUUUGAGAUCUCAAUUUUUUUUCUCUGCCUUGACUUCUACAUGCUGCUGCUGUGCUAGUAAAACUCUGCUAAAUUUCUACAUUUGGGAUAUGGGCCCAGAGUAGAAUCUACAAGGAUGGUCACAUGCAUUGCUGAUAUGAAUGAUUUGGGAGUUGCUGUCACUUUUCUCACAACUACAAAUGAUACAAGUCGACCAGGUUUGGGAAGUCAGAAUGCAGAAUAAGCUUGUGGGAAAGGAUUUCUGAGACAGAGUGGAAGAGUCUCCACCAGCAGCUGACGCAGAAAAAAUUCACAGGAAGAAAAAGGACAGAAGAGCAAGAGCUGAGAUAUCCACUUAUGUGAUUAACAGUGAUUUGUGACACCUUAAAAACAUUAAGACAGGCAAAGAGUUGUGGGAAGACUGAGAAGAAUUAUAUGGAAGUAGCAGUCUAAAUUAAACACUUUUCAUUUGUCAAGAAGACCGUUCAAUGUAGUUGUUUGACAGAGGAGACCUAGAGAAACUUUUGAAUCAAAUGUCAGAGUUAACUGAUCAUUCGGAUUCUAAUGGAAAGAAAUUUGAUGAAGAAAACAAAGUGAUUCUGAUAUAAUCAAGCCAUCCAGAAAGCUAUAGUUCAUUAAUUCAUGCACUAUAAACUAGAGAACAUCUCUCAUUAAAAUCAGUUUCAGCAUGUGUCAAAGAAGAGCCGUAAGGGGAACUGAAAGUUCAAAAGUGUUGUGAAACACAAGCAUUUACAAUACAAAACAACUGAGAAUCAUAUCACGGAGAAACAGCUCAGCUUUUCACAGCAGCCAAGGCAAUACAUAGAGGCAAUGCAGGGCAAAAAUAAAUAAUGUUUUAUUGUCCAGAUAAAACAAAUUAUGCUAGAAACUGCUUUAACCCCUUAGGGACCAAACUUCUGGAAUAAAAGGGAAUCAUGACAUGUCACACAUGUCAUGUGUCUUUAAGGGGUUAAAAAUCUACCACAAAAAGGCUCUACAUGGCAGAAGAGAACAGUAAAAAUGAUUUCAUUGUUCAAGAAAAGGCAGAUACAGUUCAACAAUCAACAAUUGUUGGAUUAAUUAUUCACAUGAAACAUCGUACAUAUGCAGAGAAUCAAAUGUCUUCAUAAAAUUAAACCAUAAUUUUACAUAAAAGAAGAGCAUUUCUAAUGGUAACAAACUGUUUAUACAAGGACGAGGAAACAGUUUCUUAAAAUGUGUUGCAAAAGCGGUAAAGUUAAACAACAAAGUGCAAAAUGUAAUUUAUUCACUUUUAUUUUAAUUUUAUAAUAAUAGUAAUUGGCUCAGUGUUUCAGUAUUAACAAAGAGUGGAUAUAAUGUGAACUUUAUUUGCAAUAAAUGUAAAAUAACUAAAAAUGUUUUUUUUGUAUGAACGCGGUUUUAAAAGUUGAAACUUUGUAUUUGCACUACAAGAAGAAAAGGUGAGCAUAGCCACAAAUUGCUCAAACUGUAUCUGCAUGUGGCAUAAAAGACUUGGACUUCAAGCCAAUUUCUGAUCUACUUUAAAGGUUUGACAAAAGGAAUAGACGUAAUAAAAGCUUGCCAAAAGGGUCACAACAGAGAAACAUAGAAUGAUGUCUAAUAGGUAAAGGUACAAGACAACAUUUUCCCAAAGGGAAUCAAAGAAACUCAAUAAAGCCUCUGCAAUGGUGGUGAGUACACAUCCCACCACGUUACUGCAUAUGUAGAAUAGUAAGUUACUGCAUAUGUAGAAUAAAAAGGGAUAGAACACUUUCAUGUAGUCCAGAACAGAAUGGUGUAGCUGAAAGAAAUAAUCACCCUUUAAUUUAUUGUCUGACGCAUGCUGACAGAUUCACAGCUACCGCAUAAAUACUGGGCUGAUGUAGUGACAGCUACAUAUCUACAAAAACUACAAAUAGAACUCUGUGAGAACUUUGGUUUGGCAGAACCUCUAACAUUAAACGCAUUUGGGUCCAAAGUUCUUGCAUUUGUUCCAGAUCAUAACAAGUCCAAACUUGGCAACAGAACUGACAUAGUAUUCAUUGUUGGAUAUGAGAAAGUAGGCUCUAGCUCUCUCCUUCCAGGGAGGUAUCAUCCCCUCUGCCUUUGUCUCUUCUGUUCCUCUCCCAGGCAGGUAUUGACACCUCUGCCUACACUGCCUCCAACUACUGCCUUUACAAAGACACUUGUGGCUCGUAGGCCUUCUGCUUUUUAAACUUGUCCCGGGGAUCAGGGACCAGUGCAGCCAGCCAAAAAGUCUGAAAUCUGUUACUGGGAUCUCUGAACAAACCAGACAGGACACACAGUUCCCAAUGGAACUAACACCCAAUUCUUUAUUUCUGGACAUGUACUAGCCAGGGCCGGUGCAAGGAUUUCUGUCGCCUUAGGCAAAGAUCCAUUUUGCUGCCCCCUCAUGUCACUCACUCACUUACACACACACACUUACUGACAGACAUAUACUCACUCACUGACAGACACACACUCACUGACAUACAUACACUCACUCACUGACAGACACACACAGACACUCACUGACAUAAUACUCAUUCACUGACAGACGCACACACACACAAACAGACAGACAUACACUGACAGACAUACACACUCACUGACAUACAUACUCAUUAAUUGACAGACAGACACACACACAAACCGAAACUCUUAUAGUGUUCCUUUAAAACAAAGGUCUACUAGUACAGACCUACACUAAGGAAUAUGUGGACUCAAACAAGUUGCAAGUGCAUGGAAUGAAAAACUGUAAAAUGCUCAUAGAACAAAACGUAAUUCAGAGUAAAGCAGACCUAUGUCUAUUUACCAGACAAAGAAAUGGAAAAUUGACUUCUCUACUAGUUUGUGCAGAUGGCAUGAUCUUAUGCAGUGAAAGAUAAUAGGACUGUAUAGAGAUUGUUACACAAUUGAACAAAGAAGUAGCAGUCAAAAGAAACAGUCUUUUAUCUCGGAAUGCAAGUAGGAAGUCAUGGCAACGGUCAUUAUCUUCUCAAUCAAAGGCACACAUUUCUGGACUUAAUAGCGCUUAUGGAUCUUAAGCUGUGUGCAAACUUCCCCAUGAAGUCUGAUGAAAGUGAAUCUUUACCUAACAAAUAUAUAUAUAUAGAACAUUAGUAGGUUAGCUUUUGUACCCAGCUACAACUGGCGGACAUGGCCUUGUGUCUACCAUGGGAAUAUUGUGCAGAAAAGUAAACUCUCCCAGUCUAAGAGACUCUCAAUCGGCUAAUGAGAUCUCAAGAAAUCUGCUAAUUUUAAACAAAAGUUAUCAGCUGUCAGUUUCAAGACUAGUAGGAAAUACAAAUGCAGACUGGGUUGGAGACUAAUCAGUCUUGGAGUUAACUAAGUGUUUGUGCUUUGACACCUGGAAUAUGUCAUUCAUGUGUUUCUCUCCACAGCUCUGACAGAUGAAGAAAUAAUGGCGCAAUCUCUAAUUUUCAUAUUUGCUGGAUAUGAGACCACAAGUCUGUCACUGUCCUACCUGUUUUACAGUCUAGCAAUCCACCCUGAUGUCCAGCUUAAGUUGCAAAAAGAAAUCGAUUCAUACCUACCAGACAAAGUGAGACUGUGUUUUAUCAUUUGGUAAUGUAAAACUUUAUAUUUGGGAAAUUAGCUAAUGAUCCUCUUGUUAACCCCCUUUUGUAAAGAAGAUAAAAGCUCAAGAUUCAUUCAUAUUAUUCCACCAAUUAGAUUAAUCUCCUAAUGCAAGUGUUUAUGCUUAAGCUGCAAAGAAUUAUGAUGAAUGUGGCAACUACUGUUUUCAGUGACUUUUCGUGAUUUGACCUAAUGCUCUGACUCGACAGUUUAUAUACUACAUAUUUAUUAUAUGUUUUAUAGAUAUAUAUAUAUUUAUAGACAUUAGUGUGACUUUCAUGUGAUAUUUUAAGGUUAUAUUUACUUAAGUUAAUGACAUAACCUGUUUUAUUUCAAUGUUUGCUGCAGGCCACUCCUACCUAUGAUACCCUGAUGCAGAUGGAGUACCUAGAUAUGGUUAUUGAGGAGACCCUCCGGAUGUACCCACCAGGUGGAAGGAUAGAAAGAGUUGCUAAACACAGUUUUGACAUAAAUGGUGUUACUAUACCCAAGGGGACAGUUACAAUGAUCCCAGCUUAUGUGAUGCACAUGAAUCCAGAAAUCUGGCCAGAACCCGAAGAGUUCCGUCCUGAAAGGUAACUUGCUGAAUGGCAUUUACAUUGAACAAUGAUAGUCAAUUCUGGGUCAUUACUUAUUUCACAUAAAAGGGCACUUGAUAAAGGCUCUGAGAGAAGUAGAAACGUUGUCUCCACUUCUUUGUUUCAAAUAAAAAAUACUUUUUUGCCUUUUAGAAGAAACCCCAGGUGUACCUGUAAAUUUUUUUUCUUCCAUUUUAUGUCUUCAUGGAUUUGUCCUCCCUUUCUGGAGCACCCUGCAGGAAGUAUUCCCCCCUUUAUUAGUGUGUGCAUUACACUCUUUUUUGUUUGUUGUUGUUGUUUUUUUCAAUUUAUAUAUACAGUGCCUUGCAACAGUAUUCACCCCUUGACUGUUUAUGUAUUUUGUUACAUUACAGCCUUAAGUUCAAUGUUUUAUUAAUCUAAAUUUUAUGUGAUGGUUUAGAACACAAUAGUCUAAGUUGGUGAAGUGAAAUGAGAAAAAUAUAUACACAAAACUAUUUUUUAAAAAGAGAAAACAGAAAAUGGGAAUGUGCUAUGUAUUCACCCCCUUUGUUAUGCAGCCCAUAAAAAGCUCUGGUGCAACCAAUUACCUUCAGAAGUCACAUAAUUAGUGAAAUGAUGUCCACCUGUGUGCAAUCUAAGUGUCACAUGAUCUGUCAUAUACACACCUUUCUUGAAAGGCCCCAGACGCUGCAACACCUAAGCAAGAGGCACCACUAAACAAACACUGCAAUGAAGACCAAGGAACUCUCCAAACAAGUAAGGGACAAUGUUGUUGAGAAGUACAAGUCAGGGUUAGGUAAUAAAAAAAUAUCCAAAUCUUUGAUGAUCCCCAGGAGCUCCAUCAAACAUGGCACAACAGCAAACCUGCCAAGAGACUGCCGCCCACCAGAACUCACGGACUGGGCAAGGAAGGCAUUAAUCAGAGAUGCAGCACAGAGACCUAAGGUAACCCUGGAGGAGCUGCAGAGUUCCACAGCAGAGACUGGAGUAUCUGUACAUAGGAUGACAAUAAGCCAUACGCUCAAUAGAGUUGGGUUUUAUGUCAGAGUGGCCAGAAGAAAGCAAUUACUUUCAGCAAAAAACAAAAUUGCAUGUUUUGAGUUUGCAAAAAGGCAUGUGGGAGACUCCCAAAAUGAAUGGAGGAAGGUGCUCUGGUCUGAUGAGACUAAAAUUAAACUUUUAAGCCAUCAAAGAAAACGCUAUGUCUGGCGCAAACCCAACACAUCACAUCACUAAAAGAACACCAUCCCCACAGUGAAACAUGGUGGUGGCAGCAUCAUGCUGUGGGGAUGUUUUUCAGCAGACUGGGAAACUGGUCAGAGUUGAGGGAAAGAUGGUGCUAAAUACAGGGAUAUUCUUGAGCAAAACCUGUACCACUCUGUGCGUGAUUUGAGGCUAGGACAGAGGUUCACCUUCCAGCAGGACAAUGACCCCAAACACACUGCUAAAGCAACACUUGAGUGGUUUAAGGGGAAACAUGUAAAUGUGUUGGAAUGGCCUAGUCAAAGCCCAGACCUCAAUCCAAUAUAAAAAUCUGUGGUCAGACUUAAAGAUUGCUGUUCACAAGCGCACACCAUCCAACUUGAAGGAGCUGGAGCAGUUCUGCAAAGAGGAAUAGGCAAAAAUCCCAGUGGUAAGAUGUGGCAAGCUCAUAGAGACUUAUCCAAAGAGACUUGGAGCUGUGAUUGCCGCAAAAGGUGGCUCUAUAAAGUAUUGACUUUAGGGGGGUGAAUAGUUAUGCACAUUGACCUUUUCUGUUAUUUUGUCCUAUUUGUUGUUUGCUUCACAAUAAAAAAACAAAACAAAAACAACUUCAAAGUUGUGGGCAUGUUCUGUAAAUUAAAUGAUGCAAGUCCUCAAACAAUCAAUGUUAAUUCCAGGUUGUGAGGCAACAAAACACGAAAAAUGCCAAGGGGGGUGAAUACUUUUGCAAGGCACUGUACACUAAUUAGAAAAUAAUAUACAGCUAGGCUAUAUUGCAUGCAAUCUUUUAUCUUCAGCAAUAAUUUUAAAAAUCCUUUUUUUUCCUGAAUGCAUCUGUCACCAGUAUGCUUUUGUUUGUUUUUUUGUAACAACUCAUUAACCCCUUAAGGAUGUAUGACGACAAUUUCCCUCAUGCAGUAUUUUGCUAGCAGGGUCUAUUACCUUGCUAAGCCCCAGGUAUGAUUUGAUUCCCGGGCUCACCUCUCACACCUGGUUUAAAUCCCCAUAGAGCACAGUGCAGUGUGAGCAGGGUUAAAUUAAAACCUGAAAUUCUUUUUAAACUGUUUAAAACAGUGUAAAAUACAAUUAUAUAUACUUAGAUCAUAUAUAUACUUAGAUCAUAUAUAUUAUAUAUAUGAUCUAAGUGUGUGUGUAUAUAUAUAUAUAUACACAUACACUGUCUAAGUGUAUUUUAAUAAUAUAUAUAUAAAUAUCAAAAUACACGUAGAAUGAUAUUGAUUAAAUAUAUAUAAUUAUCAUUAUAUAUCUAUUUAUAUAUAAUAUAAAAUAAAUAUGUAAAUACGUAAAAAAUAUAAAAUAAAAUAAAAAUUUGUGCUGAAAAACCCCCACUCAACUUAUACUCGAGUCAAGGUCUGUAUUAUGGCAACUUACAUUGCCAUAAUACAGACCAGGACCGCCGGGCUCAUUGUAAGCCCGGCGGUCCUGUUGGGGGCUGGCAGCGAGCUGUAACUUACCUUUCCUGCAGCUCCUGUCAGCUCCCUUCUCUCUCCUCCGGUCUGGUCAGCUCCACUGCAAGUCUCACGAGAACCGUUACCGCUUCGUGCAGCACUCAGACCGCGAGACUUGCAGGGGAGCUGACAGGGGAGCAGACCGGACCGGAGGAGAGAGAAGGGAGCUGACAGGAGCUGCAGGAAAGGUAAGUUACAGCUCUCUGCCAGCCCCCCUCCUACACAGCCUAUCCACUGGACCACCAGUCAAUGAGAGCCCCCCUCCCUGGCCAGCUAACAAGCAGGGAGGGGGGGCAAAAAUAAAUAAAAUAAUAUUAAAAUUAAAAUAUUAAUAAUAUUAAAAAAAAUAUUAAUAAUAUAACAAAAUAAUUAUUAAAUAAUAAUGAAAAAAAUAAUUAAAAUGCCCACCUCUGCAUCACACACACACACACACAAACUGCAUUCAUACACACAUACACUGCAUUCAUACAUACACACACUGCACUCAUACACACACUGCAUUCAUACACACACACACACACUGCAUUCAUACACACACACACACACUGCAUUCCUUAUAUACACACACUGUAAAUAAAUAUUCAAUUAAUAUAAUUUUUUUGGGAUAUAAUUUUAUUUAGAAAUUUACCAGUAGCUGCUGCAUUUCCCACCCUAGUCUUAUACUCGAGUCAAUUUCCCAUUUUUGGGGGGUAAAAGUAGGGGUCUCGACUUUCGAGUAUAUAUGGUAUGUGUAAUUUCAUUCUAACUGUAUUUUAAAAUGAAUAUAUAUAUUGGUAUCCAAAUACACGUAGAGCGAAAUAUAUAUAUUUAUAUAUAUAUAUAUAUAUAUAUAUAUAUAUAUAUAUCUACAUACAAAAAUAUCCAAUGCUUGCACUCCUGGAGAUAUAAUAGGCGCCCAGUGCUUGUCAGCCAAAAAUUAUAACAGUCUAUAGAAAGAUAACACUCCAGGGACUAGAUAAUACCGUGAAAAACUUUUAUUCAGCAAGAUGCCUCAGUGAUAAACGUUUCAGUUCCAGUACAGAACUUUCGUCAGGAUCAUAUACAGAUAUACAGAAGUAUAAACUUAUAGAUCACUAUAUAUAUAUAUAUAUAUAUAUAUAUAUAUAUAUUUAUGUAAUAAUUUUACAUAAUUAGGUCAUUUUAUUAAUUACAAUUUGCGGGACCUGCCUGCCUAACAACCCAGGCAGAAAGUCCAGGGAAUUUAAUUUGCUAGCACUAUAUUUAACUCUGUAACUUUCCAAGACACCAUAAAACCUGUACAUGGGGGUACUGUUUUACUAGGAAGACUUCGCUGAACACAAAUAUUAGUGUUUCAAAACAGUAAAAUGUAUUACAAUAAUAUCAUCGUCAGGGAAAGUGACAUUUUUUUUAAUUUUUCACACACAAAUUGCAAUUAGACGAACGAUAUAAUUGUUGUGAUACGUUUUAUUGUUUUGAAACACUAAUAUUUGUGUUCAGCGAAGUCUCCCGAGUAUAACAGUACCCCCAUGUUCAGGUUUUAUAGUGUUUUCAAAAGUUACAGUGUCAAAUAUAAGGCUUGAGUUUCAGUUUUUUCACAUUGAAAUUCGCCAGAUUGGUUACAUUGCCUUUGAGACCGUAUGGUAGCCCAGGAAUGAGAAUUACCCCCAUGAUGGCAUACCAUUUGCAAUAGUAGACAACCCAAGGUAUUGCAAAUGGGGUAUGUCCAGUCUUUUUUUAGUAGCCACUUAGUCACAGACACUGGCCAAAAUGAAAGAGUUUGGCCCUGGAUGAGAAAAGUUGAUGUUUUCAUCUCCUCCCCCCUCCCUCCCUCUUUCUUGUUUUUUAAAGAUCCUCUGUCAGAAAAGCAUGUCACACUUAUUGAACUAUUGCCUGGCAAUAUUGAGCUGCAAAUGCAAAAUAAAGUGGACAUUCUUUACUAGUACAUGAUAUGUUGGGGUCUAAUUGUAUUUUAUGUGUUUAUAAGUGAUGCAAAUUAUAACAAAAUAAAAAACGAUUAACAAAUAUUAUCUAUCUAUCCUCCUCAUUACCAGGAGACCAAUAUAUUUGUAACAAUUAAAUGAUGGACACUAGUUUCCUACCCAUUGUACAAAGAUUUAAUCAUUCUGUGCUAUAAACUGUCCCUUUACCACUAGAUUCAGUAAAGAAAAUAGAGCAAGCCAAGAACCUUAUACAUUCCUGCCAUUUGGAGAUGGCCCCAGAAACUGUAUUGGUAUGAGAUUUGCUUUGCUCAGUAUGAAACUGGCCAUCACUGUCCUGCUGCAGAACUUCAACUUCCGGCCUUGCAAAGACACACUGGUGAGAAUAUAUCGUAAUAGAGGGAGAGUACAAAACAAUAGCAUUAAAUCAAUCACAUUAUCGUGGGUUUUGUAAAUGUUUUUUUAGCUUGUUCUUUGCACACAUGCCACAAUGUUUUGUACAAAAUAUAUAUUUUUUUUUUUUCACUGGUGAAAGUAGAAAUGAAUGAAAAUAAUUGAGAUUUACAUUGAUCAGCCACAAAAUUAAAACCACUGACAGGUGAAGUAAAUAACUUUGAUUAUAUCAUUACAAUGACACCGGUCAAUAUAUUAGGCAGCAAAUGAAUAGUCAGUACUUUAAUUUUAUGUGUUGGAAGCAGAAAAAAUAGGCAAGUAAAAAGAUUUGAGUGACUUUGACAAGGCCCAAAUACUGAUGGCUAGACGACUGGGUCAGAGCAACUCCCAAAUGGCAAGUCUUGUGGGGUGUUGCCAGUUAGUACCAACCAAUAGUACUGCAAGGAAGGACAACCGGUGAACUGGCGUCUUGGUCAUGACUGUCCAAGUCUCACUGAUGCGUGUGGGGAGAGAAGGUAAGUCAAUUUGGUCCAAUCACAAAAAAUAACUACUGUAACUUAAAAUGUGGAAAAACGUAAUACUGGCCAUGAUAGAAAGGUGUUAGAACACACAGUACAUUGCAAUUUGCUGCGUAUGGUGCUGAAUAGAAACAGAACGGUUAUGGUGCCCAUGAUAAACCCUGAACGCCGUCAAUGGGGGCUUGCUCAUCAAAACCGGUCCAGGGAGCAAUGAAAGAAGGUUGCCUGGUCUGAUAGAUCAUAUUUUUUUUUUUUAGAUCAGGUGGAUAACUGAGUGCGUGUGUGUUGUUUACCUGGGGAAGAGAUGGCAGCAUAAUGCACUACGGGAAGAAUGUAGUCCGGUGGAGGCAUGUUAUGCUAUGAAUGAAACAGAAUAUGUAACACAGUCCUUUAAAAUGGAUAACUUAAUCUGGAAAUUAAAACAGUAUAUAAGAGUAGGUUCUUACGACUCCGACAUCUGAAAAAGCAAGUCACUCCCAAGAUAUACGCAACACUUAAGUCCUUCUUGGUUCGAACGUACUGGUGACUGUUCUCUAUUUUGUUCUUGGAGCUACAACGUCAGUGUCAUGCUCCUCCCACUCUAUUUGCUCCUAUUUUCUCUUCCAAUUCAUAGAUUUGUGAAAAAAUGUGGAGGCAUUGCUCUCCAUUUAUCCAUCACUUACAGACAAAUCAUUAUCAUUUGAUGUUUCUCCUCCAUACCUCCUGGAGUUGAGUGUAGAAGCAGAGCUGUAGAGACAUCACUGACAUUUCCAUUGAAUGUGUUGUGAUGACAGCCUUUAAAAGCAACUCUUUUGACUUUUUUGACAAUAUGUAUCUAGUUGCUGAACUGUUUUUGUAUAUAUAUAUUUUAUAUAUUGCUACAUGAAUGAAUUAGGUCAUUUUUAACAACUUUUUUUCUAAUGUUUAGGCAACUUAUCCCUUUAUUGUGAAACAAUUAGGAGGAGGUGUGUUCUACCAGGUGUUGCAGGCUAUUUAACUUGCCUUGUGAACUAAUCUUAGAUGUCUUGAAAAAAUUUUUUGAAACGAAACGCAUAGGCAUGUAAGAAUUUGCUGCUUCAUCUCAUUUUUGCUACACUGUAGAGCUCAACAUGGUCGUAGCAUUAAUGUGGAUAUUAUGUUUGACACAUACCACCUACCUAGAUAUUGUUGUUAGCAACCCUUCAUGGUAAUGGUGUUAUCUGACGGCGGUGGCUCUACAGAAAUUGUUCAGGGAUGGUUUUAGGAACAUGACAAAGAGUUCAAGGUAUUGACUUGUCCUCCAAAUUCACCAGAUCUCAAUCCAAUGUGCUGGAACAACAAAUCUGAACAAUAAAGGCCCUACCUUGCAACUUGCAGGACAUAACGAAUCUGCAGCUAAUACAUUGGUGCCAGAUACUAAAGGACUUGUUUAGAGGUCUUGUGGAUUCCAUUCUUUGAUGCAUCAGACCUGUUUUGGCAGCACCAGCGGGAUGGGCACGAUAUUGGGAAGGUGGUUUUAAUUUUGUGACUGAUUUAAUGUAAACGGUGAUCAAAGAAGUUAGUAUCACACCUUUUAACAAAGCCUUGAUUACAUCAUACCCCUUUGAUAGAACACAGAGUGGAUAUAAGACAUCUAGAGAAUAUCCUUUGUUUUUGUCAAGACCAUCCUGUGUGAAACAGAGAAGUCAAUCUGAUUGAUUGAGUGGAUGGGGUUAGUAUAAAUGAUGGCAGUCGUAAAUGGCAUGUCAUUCCCAUCAAACUUAUGCAAACCAAGUAAUUCAUAUCCCUGGACCAGUAUACAUUUAUUUUUAUUUUUUUACAGAUCCCCAUGGAGUUUAGCACGCAAGGCUUCUUGCAGCCAAAGAAACCAAUUGUGCUGCACGUCAUCUCUCGGACAUCAGAGGAGUAA